UAAGAAGAGCGAGUACGCGUGUUUGCACGGUGGGGGCAUGCAGAAUUCAGAAAGACACAAAAGUGGGUGUUUCUAAAAUAAGAGCCAUGCAAACUCUCAAGAAUUUCCCGGUGACUUCAGAUCCAAGGAGGUGGUCAGAGUUGCAGGAAUAAAAUUCAAAGUGCGAUACAAGGACGGCUCGAGCAAAGAAAAGCAGCAGCGCUCUUGUGUGAACUAUAUGCGAGGUGGAAUAGUGGGGACUCAUUGAUUCCUUGGGCAGAAGUGCGACAGUCGAUCCGAGAGUAACCUGCCGGCGAGUGCACACCUGUUAAAGUACUGCCACGAGACUGCGAUUCAGCUUACAGUGCCCGGCUUCCUUCUUAGCGAGUGGAUAACAAUUGAACAAACUGCCACGCGGACUCCUUUACAAUCAGUGAAUGUGACACUUGGUGAAUUAUGAACAGUGAAAGUCAAGCUUACCAGCACUCGUAUUGUAUUCUGGUCUUCUGUUAAAACGGCCACUGGGCUCUUAUGCAGGUCCUUCGACAGCGAAGAAGUGCUUGCAGCUGAAAUUUGUUUAGAGUUGGAUAACGAGGGAGCGCUCUUUAGCAAACGUCUGGAAAGCUCCAAAAAUGUGGCGACUUGGAACCUUUGUCAUCGCUGUUCUGGCCGGCGUUGCGCUUUCGCCGACAGUCGAUUCUCAGGGCACACGCGCCGGCGUGGACAAGGCGCGAGCGCGAUCCUGGCUGCAAGACAGCCGAGUAGCGGCUCGCGAGUUGGGCGCACGUAACAGCGGCAGCCUUAAUGUCACCGGACGGAACGCUCAGGAGCCGGCAAAGACACACGGCAGGGAUGCCGUGGGGCAGGGGACCCCGGCGUACAACCGGCAAGGAGGAGUGACUCCCCGGAGUGAUUCGGAGAGCAGACAGAGGAGCGCGUCUACUAGACGCCUCGCAGGGCCUAAUGUCUGUGGAGGACAUUGCUGUUCAGGAUGGGCUGUAGCUCCUGGUUCAAACAGAUGUAUAAAGCCUGACUGCAACCCUCCGUGCCAAAAUCGUGGCUCAUGCAGUCGUCCACAGACAUGUGUUUGUCGCUCUGGCUUUCAAGGUUCUAGAUGCGAGGAAAAGGCCCCCGAACAGGUAUAUAUCCCCUCAGGCACCUCACGAGUGCUCCAGCCAGUCCGGGCAGCUUCAGCCCAUCUUGACAGAAGAAAACUGGAAGCCAGCGUACGAGGAAAUUUGACUAGAAACAGAAGUGAAAGCAUCCCAAAUUCCAGAAAUAAACCUGCAUCCACAAGCCAAGUUCCUUCCACGAGUCAGAGCAAAAGAGUCCAACCCAAUUCUUCACCUCAACUAACAGGAACUUCCCGUACUGUCAAAAGAUUCCCAUCUGGACAAAUCACUUCAAAUGCCUUACCCAAUGGCCAGACAUACAACAGUCUAAAUCAUGUUGCCAUCAAACAAGAAGAGGAAAAAGUUAGCAAUGCUGUGGCACCGAAAGGGUCCAACCUGACAGCUGGCAUUGACCGAAUAAAGAUUGUUUUCACCCCCAUGAUCUGCAAGCAAGUCUGCAAUAAUGGACAUUGCUACAACAACUGUGAAAAGGGCGAUACCACAACUGUUUACAGUGAAAAUAGCCAAAGUCAAAAUCAAGACUCCAAAUCAGGCUUUCGCCUAUACUUCUGCCAGAUUCCUUGCAUGAAUGGUGGACGCUGUAUUGGAAGAGACCACUGCUGGUGUCCAUCUAACUCCACAGGGAAGUUCUGUCACCUUCCAGCUCUUCGUCCUGACAAACAACUAGCACUAAGGAAGGAAAGCAACCGGCCUACUCAGAAUACAUCCUUUGCUCACUCCAUGUUCACAUUGCCACUUUCAAAUCAACUAGCUUCUGUGCAUCCAUCCUUGGUAAAUGUACACAUACACCACCCACCGGAAACUAAAGUGCAGAUCCACCAAGUAGCCAGGGUAAAACCAGAACCUCCAAAGACAGACCAAAAUAGCCUUGAUGGAGUGCAGUUGAUUCAUUCUGUGCAGCAGAGGACUCAGUUAUCCAAAGGAGCACAACAAGGAACAGAAAACAACUCCAUUAAUGGCAACAGCAUCAUUGGAAAUGGAAGUGGUUCUUCGAGGCAGCAGAACAGGCUCAAUAGCUAUGUUGGGAGAUGUUUUCAAGAAACUGUUGAUGGCCAGUGUGGUAAACCUCUUCCUGGUCUGACUAAGCAGGAUGAUUGCUGUGGCAGUAUUGGAAAAUCCUGGGGAUUGAACAAGUGUACGGAAUGUCCUCCCAAACCAGCAAAUGCAGUGAUUGAAAAUGGUCAUGUGAAGUGUCCAAAAGGUUACAAGCGGAUGAACAGCACCCACUGUCAAGACAUUAAUGAAUGCCUGAUGCCUGGAAUCUGUAAAAACUCUGAGUGUUUGAAUACUCGAGGUAGCUACAGAUGUACCUGCAAACCUGGCUUUAUGAUGGACAUUUCAAGAAGCCACUGUGUCUCGGAAAAAGCAAUAUCUCUAGUACAAGACAGGUGCUACCGCUCAGUAUCUGGGGGCACCUGUUCCCUACCAUUGACUCAAUCCCUUACGAUGCAGAUCUGUUGCUGUAGCCGAGUUGGCAAAGGAUGGGGCAAGAGUUGUGAACGAUGUCCGCUGCCCGAUACAGAUACUUUUAAAGAGAUCUGCCCAGCUGGCCAUGGCUACACAUACUCUCGGUCAGAAAUUCAGCUUUUAAUGAGGCAGGUAGAAGAAGAAGAGCUAGAAAAGAGUUCUGUUCACCAAGGCAAUACUGAUGAGUCAUCUCGGAGGGUGGAAAAAGAGCAUGAAGGUUCUACAUCAGUUAAAAAGACCACGACUGCUACGGAAACCUUGUCCAAGCAUUCAGUAGGUGUCAUAGAGAAGGCUACUCCCCAGUCACCUGUUCAACUGUACCCAGAUUCCUCAGUAGUGGACAAAGCUUCAAUUAAUGUAGCGACCCAGAUUACAGAGAUUGACCGAUGUUCUGCACAUCCUCACAUUUGUGGUCCUGGUACUUGUGUCACCGUGCAAAAUGGAUACACAUGUUACUGUCAUAAUGGAUAUCAGAUGAACACACUGCAGACUCAUUGUGUUGAUAUCAAUGAAUGUGAGAAAAGCCCUUGUGAAGGAAAAGGAAAAUGUGUGAACACAGCAGGCUCUUACACCUGCUACUGCCACUCUGGAUACAUACAGGUCAUCACACAAAAACGGAGGUCUUGUCAAGAUGUCAAUGAGUGUGAGCAGCCUAAUAUUUGCCCUGGACAUCAUUGCAUAAACACUCCAGGCUCCUAUAGUUGUGAGUGUGCACAGGGAUAUUUGAAGUCAAGGAGAGGACACUGUGAGGACGUUGAUGAAUGCCAAAACCCUACCACCUGUCCCACUGGAAGAUGUAUUAACACACUGGGCUCAUUCCACUGUGUAAGCUGUGGAGUGGGAUACAGAGCGACGAACAAUGGAUGUAUAGAUGAAGAUGAAUGUCUUAUUGACAAAAUUUGUGAAAAUGGAACCUGUGUCAACCUGGAAGGGUCUUAUUUCUGCAGCUGCAACCUUGGAUAUGUAGCAGCUCAGGAUGACAAGAGUUGUCAUGAUCAAGAUGAGUGCCUAACUGCAGGAAUCUGCAUCAACGGACAGUGUAUCAAUGUGGAUGGCUCUUACAGAUGUAGAUGUGACCAGGGAUUCAUGGAGACUGCAGAUGCCAAAAACUGCAUAGACAUCAAUGAGUGCUUGAAAAGUGAAACCUGCCUUAAUGGCAUGUGCACCAAUAUGGAAGGAUCCUAUAUGUGUUCAGACUGUAAACCAGGGUACAAGAUUUCAGAAGAUCAUCUAAAAUGUGAAGAUAUCAAUGAAUGCACGCUUCCAGACAUCUGUGCAGGUGGAGUCUGCACCAAUUCGGAGGGCUCUUUCUCUUGCUUCAAAUGUAGAAAAGGGUUCCGUCUUUCUGAAGAUAAACAACGCUGUGAAGAUAUUAACGAAUGUGCAUCCCACAAUAUUUGUCCCAGAGGUCUGUGUGCUAAUAUUGUGGGUUCCUACACUUGUAUGGCUUGUCCUCAUGGGCACAGAUUAUCUGCAGAUAGACAGCAAUGUGUAGAUAUUAAUGAAUGCCUCUUGUCAGAUGUAUGUCCUGGUGGAGCUUGUGUGAAUACUGAUGGCUCAUACUCAUGCGUCAGUUGCGAUGCUGGUUAUAGACUUUCUGCUGACAGCAAGAGCUGUGAAGAUGUAAAUGAAUGUGAAGAUGGCAAUACUUGUUCAGGGGGAGAGUGCACUAACUCCCCAGGGUCUUACAGCUGUUCGUGUACUCAAGGAUAUGAACUCAUUGGUGGCAUUAUGUGCAUAGAUGUGAAUGAGUGCUUGACACUGGAUAUCUGUGGACCUACUGGAGAAUGCAUGAACAGCCAAGGUUCCUACUUCUGCCUCUGUGUUGCUGGCUAUGCCACAAGCACUGAUGGGAUCAGUUGUCAAGAUGUUAAUGAGUGUGAGGAGCCUACUACAUGCUCCAGGGGUCGGUGUCUGAACAUUGGCGGGUCAUACCAGUGCAUCUGUGAUGCAGGAUUUCAGUUUUCAGAGGAGACUAAAGAUUGUGAAGAUAAGGACGAAUGUAUGGAGUAUGGCAUUAACGUCUGUGGCACGUGGCGCUGCGAGAAUACCAUCGGCUCGUACAGGUGCUUUAUGGGUUGUCAGAAUAGAGAAACAACUGGAGAUUGUGACAUUGAUGAGUGUGUUAAUAAGACCAUCUGUGGCAGCCAUGGCUUCUGCGAAAACACUGAUGGCUCCUACCACUGUGUGUGUGAUCAAGGCUUUCAGAACUCUCCAGGGACCUCAGCAUGUGUCGAUAUCAACGAAUGUGAGAGUUUCACUGCAGUGUGUGGCUCAGCUUUUUGCGAGAAUGUAGAGGGGACCUUCUUGUGCCUCUGUCCCUCUGACAAUGAAGAGUUUGAUCCCCAGACCAACCAGUGUCGCAACAGGAUCAUGACAGAAGAGCCCAAAAUUCCCAAAAUACCUGGUGCACACCCAGCAGGAGAAGAAGAGAGAAAGGAGUGCUACUACAAUCUGAACGACCCCGGCUUUUGUGACAGCGUCCUGUCAGGAAACACCACCAAGCAAGAAUGCUGCUGCACUGUGGGUGAAGGCUGGGGAGACAACUGUGAGACACACCCGUGCCCCAUUGUGGGAAGUGCUGAAUACAGCGAACUUUGUCCAAAAGGGAAUGGUUUCCUUGCUGUGGAUGGCAGUGCCUUUGGCUUAACACAUCCACUAUACAGCGAUGCUGAUGAAUGCUUCCUUUUUGGAUCUGAAAUUUGUAAAAAUGGAGUGUGCAUAAACACAGUCCCAAGAUACAGGUGUAUCUGUCGUGAUGGAUUUUACUAUGAUACAGUUCAUUUGGAGUGUGUGGACAAUAAUGAGUGCGAGCAUGAAGACGUCUGUGAGGAUGGGGAGUGUGUCAAUACACCCGGUUCAUAUAACUGCUUCUGCAGUCCUCCGCUUAUUCUGGAUGUAACUAGGAGACGAUGUGUCAACUCCAGCUUUACCACAGACUUGGAAGGAACCAUACAUCUGGACAUCUGCUGGAAGGAGCUGAUUGAUGGAUAUGUGUGCUCGGCCCCCCAACUGCAAAGGCAGACCACGUUUACAGAAUGCUGCUGCAUGUAUGGUGUGGCCUGGAGUAAUAACUGUGCCCUCUGUCCCACACCGACCUCAGAGGAAUAUGCAAUGGUGUGUAAUCGAGCAGUGGAUGGCCUAAGAGAGCGGCCCGGCUAUGAAUACGGACCAGAUAUCCCUUUUUAUAGCUACAAUGUAAAUGAACCAGCAUACGGACCACCUGAACUGCAUACUGGACCUUUCUAUCCUGCCAGACACCCUGACCGUGAAUAUUCUUCCCCUAGAGUGCCCAGCGGUCACCCCAGACAAUACAAUCCUCCACUGAUAAACGCCUUUCCUGAUCGAUAUGAUGGAUUUGAAGGAUUGCAGGCAGAAGAAUGUGGGAUUUUAAAUGGCUGUGAAAAUGGCCGCUGCGUCAGAGUGCGUGAGGGGUACACUUGUGACUGCUUUGAUGGAUAUGAACUUGACUUGACUAAAAUGGCUUGUCUUGACAUAAAUGAAUGUAAAGACAUCAGCGACCGCAUUCCUCUGUGCAAGAAUGGCAAGUGCGAGAACACAGAGGGCUCCUACCGAUGUGAGUGUCUGCCAGGAUUCGUCGCCUCUGCUCAUCCGGAUCAGUGCAUUCACAGCCCACCAAAGCCGGGAGCAGAGCAGUGAAGUGCUGGACGGGCGCCUGAUCUCAGUUUAGAGACACAACUGGAAACCCACAGACUGACAGGAAGUGAAGGGGAAGGAUCAGCAGAGCACUUGAAGGUCACUACAUGUACAUGCAGACCAUUUAUUACAUGCAAUGUGUAAGACUGCGAUUUAAAAGGGAUGUUUUGUUAGAAACCGGAGUGAAACAAAAAAAAAUCAAAAAAGGUAGAUUUGUACAAAUUCUAGAGGCACUGUUUACUGAGACUGUGCAUACGAGUUAGACUGCUGCCAAAUACAGAACAAACAAGGCUCUUUUAAUAUAUUUGUUACUGUUAAUCCAAGCAAACAUUAAAUUAUUUCCCGAAAAAGAAAAACGUAAAGCCGGCAUGAACUUUGACGUAAAGCUCUUUGUGAGUCACGACUGGACAGGAUUUGAAUGAUGUGUGUGCAGCUUGUGUGUUAAUUGGGCAGCUGAGAGUCGGGUGGGAUAAAAGGAAGGCUAAAACAUAAACCGUUUUGUCCAGCAAGCACUGCCCACCAUUUAAGGCCCCUAGAAGACGUGCUUCUGCUAAAGUAAAGAAAAUAAAAAAAUUAACAGCCAAACCACAAACAAUUGCGGCUCCCAGAUCCUGUGCAGUGCAUUCCUGUGGGCAGAAAUGGUAAGAGAAUUGCAGAGAUACUCAACCACCGUCCUCGUAACUGUAAGUUUGGAGAAGCAAAACAAUAAUCUCAAUGCUGUGUACAGAGUCUGUAUUUUAUUUUUAAAGGUUUUGUUUUUCUGUAUUUUGAUAUAGACCAAUUGAAUCUUAUCCAUUCCAUGUUGUUCCCUUUAAAUCAAAAUGCAGGUUUGGGCUGUUUUGUUUGAUAUGCAACAUGUAAGUGCCUCGUAUUUUAUUUUAUUUUAUUUUUUACUUAUGUAAAUGAUCGCUUUAACAUAUGUGUUGCUUAAACAAAAUGUGCUUUUACUUUGUGCUGUAGAAAUAUAAAAUAUCCUGCCCUGUGGAGCAGACCACAGUACUUGCUAAAAGGGAGUUGCUGUCCAGACCUCUCGGCCAUUUCUUGGCAGGCACACCACUUGUAUUUUUGAACAGAGACAAUUAAGCACUCGUCAUUUGAUCAUAAACUCAGUCAGGAAGGGUCCAGAUAUGGCAAAAAGGUCACGGCUAUGAGAGCAGGGCACAGCUCUGCAAGAAAUCUGGUUCUGGAGGCAAAGAAUCACAUAUAGUCAAUCAACGUUACAGCCUGUGGCCAGCCACCAUGAUGCAAAAAAAAGCAAAAAUGGGAGAAAUGACGGUGUGUGUGUGUCGUAAAACGAGCAGUGGGAUUCUCAACCCCAUCUUUUUUUUUUUCUGUUCACAUUUACUUUGAAGACGCUUCUUUCAUGUAACUGAAACUGUCAUCCUGUGUUAAUUAUGAGGUUCUGUCAGGCUGUCCUGAGAAGGCAUGCGCCACCCCGAAGGCAGUCUGUCAUCUGUUCACAGUUCAAGUCACCAGCACAGCUUUAAAAUGACUUUCUUCAAAUUUACCCCAUGGAUAUUUUCACCUUGCAAAAGCAGUAAGAAGUUUAUCGUCUUUUGCCAACUCUAAAAAUGGAAAAAAAAAAGUAUGUAAAGAAAAAAUAUUAAAGGUGUGCUGGCUCCAUUUGCCUUAUUUAUGAACAGUUGCCUUUAUGAAGUUAGAAGUUGUGGUCAGGAGUUUCUCCUAAAUGCCUUCAUGUCUCCCUUGAGGUGCACAGUAGCCAUUCUUUGUCAUCAAAAUAAAAAUUCUUGAUUUUCCA